CUGCGAGUGGAUUGGACCAAACUGUCUCCUCGGAUCCUAUAUAAGGGGCCGGCGCCCCGUUGUGGCCUCACCAGAAAAGAAACAACAAGAGCUUUAGAGCGAGAGAAAGAAAGACACAUACACACACCCACACACCCUCAACGCAGCUAGAGAGACAAAGAGAAUGGCGAGCCAAGGUGUUGCCUCCAUGUUCGCUCUGGCAUUGCUCCUCGGAGCCUUCGCCUCCAUCCCACAAAGCGUCGAGUCCAUCGGGGUGUGCUACGGCAUGAGCGCCAACAACCUGCCGGCGGCGAGCACCGUCGUCAGCAUGUUCAAGUCCAACGGCAUCAACUCCAUGCGGCUGUACGCUCCCGACCAGGCGGCGCUGCAGGCCGUCGGCGGCACGGGCGUCAACGUCGUCGUCGGGGCGCCUAACGACGUGCUCUCCAACCUCGCCGCCAGCCCAGCUGCGGCCGCCUCGUGGGUCAGGAGCAACAUCCAGGCCUACCCCAAGGUCUCCUUCCGGUACGUCUGCGUCGGCAACGAGGUCGCCGGCGGCGCCACCCAGAACCUCGUCCCGGCCAUGAAGAACGUGCAGGGCGCGCUCGCCUCCGCUGGGCUGGGCCACAUCAAGGUCACCACGUCGGUGUCGCAGGCCAUUCUCGGCGUGUACAGCCCGCCCUCCGCCGGGUCCUUCACCGGGGAGGCGGACGCGUUCAUGGGCCCCGUGGUGCAGUUCCUUGCCCGCACCGGCGCGCCGCUCAUGGCUAACAUCUACCCGUACCUGGCCUGGGCCUACAACCCGAGCGCCAUGGACAUGAGCUACGCGCUCUUCACCGCAUCCGGCACCGUGGUCCAGGACGGCUCCUACGGGUACCAGAACCUGUUCGACACCACCGUGGACGCCUUCUACACGGCCAUGGCCAAGCACGGCGGCUCCAACGUGAAGCUCGUGGUGUCGGAGAGCGGGUGGCCCUCAGGCGGCGGCACGGCGGCGACUCCGGCCAACGCCAGGAUCUACAACCAGUACCUCAUCAACCACGUCGGGCGCGGCACCCCGCGCCACCCGGGCGCCAUCGAGACCUACGUCUUCUCCAUGUUCAACGAGAACCAGAAGGACAGCGGCGUGGAGCAGAACUGGGGACUCUUCUACCCCAACAUGCAGCACGUCUACCCCAUCAGCUUCUGAUGAGCUAGCUGCGUAUGCGUAGCUAGUGUCCGUAUGUCCGUACGUACGCGCGCGUACACGCGUAUAAGAGCGUGUAUGCGGUACGUAUGUGCACAUUAUGUAUUGUACAGGGUUUGGGUUGGGGUGCGACCGCUGAGGCAGCUCAGAUGCGUACGCUAUAGUAGUGGUUUGCUGUAGUAGUGUAUGUGUAUGAUUUACGAUGGAAGGGAAGCAGAUGUAAACGCUCUCCCUUCGUCGAUUCAUCAUACAUUUGAUACGUACACACAUGUGUGCGUAAGUAGAACUAUAUUGUAGGGUUCAAAAUUUCGUCAAAAUUUGACGGAAUUUGUCCAAAAUAAUAUGAAAUAUAUCGGCGAGACCGAAGUAUUCCUAUA